AUGGUGUCAAUCACUCUCUCUUUUACUCCUCUCCCUUUCUGUGAAAUGAACCCAUUAGUGGAUCAUAUUCGUCUCACGCUCAGGGCUUGUUUCAAAGGCACAAGGCUAUCUCCUUCCGCAUUUGACUCCCUACUUCAGGCUCUCACGUGCCUUGCUAUCGGUCUACGUGCUGCCCAUCUCGUCGAUGUCUGCAAUGUGGGUUCAGAUCGCGCUGUCCCGUUGAUUACCCAGCUGCGUCAGCAUCCAUUAUGCAAAUCAUUGGUCCUUCUUCAAUUCGGUCAAGACUAUACUUUCAUUUGUCAUCGUGAGACACUACAAAGUCAUUUGGAUACAACAUUGAAUAAGCCUGAGCAACGGGACUAUGUCGAUGUACGAGGAAAGCAAGGUCCUCCCAUCAAGAGAUCAUCUCCACCACCAGUGUUGAUAAAUUGGUUGCAGCAACGCCUCUUGCCUUUUGUGAAUCAAAAAGACGACCCCUUUUUCCUUUCCAGAAUGGUGCCAUAUUACAUGGUGGCCUUGACUGGGUGGCUACUCGAAUAUCCGAUCAUUUACUGUUCCCAUGAUGAGGAUCCAAAUGAAACAACCGACAACGAUCUUGAUCGUGAAUGGGAUCCAUGGCAAGUCCGACCCAACUGUCUUGGCGACCGACCCCUUUGUUUGGUCCGUGUAUGGAUCACUCAUCCACAUCAACAAAGAUACAUGCUAUUGAGCUUUACUUAUCCAAAGGAGUUGACAAUUGCCAAUCCGGUUGCCAUGAUACAAUCAAAGUACCAGCACAGGCUUCUUCAAGUCGCACAUGACGACCACUCUUUAGAGUUUAUCCGUGGUGCCCACGUGGAUGUUUCGCAUGAAACGGUGACACUAGACCGAGUCGCGCUUUGA